AUGGCUAAUUAUUCAUUUCUAUCUAUCUAUCUAUCUAUCUAUCUAUCUAUCCUUCUUUCUUGGCCAAUUAUUUUCUAUCUAUCUAUCUAUCUAUCUAUCUAUCUAUCCUUCUUUCUUGGCCAAAUAUUUUCUAUCUAUCUAUCUAUCUAUGCAUCUUUCUUGGCCAAUUAUUUUCUAUCUAUCUAUCUAUCUAUCUAUCUAUCUAUCUAUCCUUCUUUCUUGGCCAAUUAUUUUCUAUCUAUCUAUCUAUCUAUCUAUCUAUCUAUCUAUCUAUCUAUCUUUCUUGGCCAAUUAUUUUCUAUCUAUCUAUCUAUCUAUCUAUCUAUCUAUCUAUCUAAUUAUUUUCUCUAUCUAUCUAUCUAUCUAUCUAUCUAUCCUUCUUUUCUUGGCCAAAUAUUUUCUAUCUAUCUAUAUAUCUAUCCUUCUUUCUCUAUCUAUUUUCUAUCUAUCUAUCUAUCUAUCUAUCUAUCUAUCUAUCUAUCUAUCUAUUUCUAUCUAUAUCUAUCCUAA